CCGUAUUGCAGCCUUUAACCAUAAAUUUACAUCCUCAAAUUGUAAUAAAUAGUGUAGGAAGUCUGGUAGAAAAAUAAUAACCGGUGUUUCGAAAAAUGUACUCAACAAGAAGAAAUGGUACACAUCCUUGUAUUGUUUUGCUUUCCAUCUGGUUUUCCUUCUGUAUGGAUAUUAGCUUUGGAGACAUUCAAUUCUCCCUUCCAGAAGAACUGCAGCCUGGCACUUUUGUUGGCAACAUAGAAAAUAUUUUUGGACUGCGGGUAACAAAUUUAUCUGAUCGUCGGUUCCGUCUCGUUUCUGGGGACAGUAAGCAAAAUUUAUUUACAACUUUUGAGAAUGGAAGCAUAUUUGUCCAUGAAAGAAUUGACAGGGAAGCUAUGUGCGGCAUUAAGAUGCCCUGCUAUAUUAAUAUGAAAAUGAUUAUGGACAAUCCCUUAGAACUGUACAGUAUAAAACUGGAGAUACAGGAUGUAAAUGAUAACGCACCUGUGUUUAAUGUUAAUGAUUUGCAUUUGAAUAUUAUGGAGUCAGUCUCUGUGGGGACGAAAUUCACAUUGCAGGUUGCGCAAGAUCCAGAUGUAGGGUCUAAUGGACUACAGUCCUACCGGCUUAGCCCCAGUAGUUAUUUUUCUUUGGAUAUCCAGACUUCCAGCGAUAACGUUAAAGUGCCACAGCUUGUCAUUGAAAAUCAUUUGGACAGAGAGCACGAAUCCGUUCAUCACCUGUCUUUAAUGGCCGUUGAUAGCGGCCAACCUGAGAGAUCUGGCUCAGUCAUUAUUACUAUUAAUAUUCUAGAUUCUAAUGACAACCCUCCAAAAUGUUCUCAAUCUACUUAUAAAGCCAGUUUGAUGGAGAAUGACCCAGCAGGAACUUUAAUAAUCCAACUCAAUGCUACUGAUGUAGAUGAAGGUACAAAUGGAGCCGUUGAAUAUUCAUUUAGUAGCCACACCCCAGAUAAAAUACGCAGCUUAUUCGAAAUACAGCCAAGGACUGGUGAAAUUCGAUUAAAAGGUCAGUUGGAUUUUGGGGAUGUUGCAGUGUAUCAGUUUCAUGUCCAAGCCACGGACAAAGGACUGUCUGCAUUAUCUGAUUUUUGUGAAGUUUUAAUUGAAAUCACAGACGUCAAUAACAACAAACCAACCAUCAUACUCAAUUCUUUUUCGAGUCCUGUUGGUGAAAGUGCUCCUAGAGGAACUGUGGUUGCUUUGAUCAGUGUGACUGACAGAGAUUCUGGUGUAAAUGCAAAGGUGAGCUGCACGAUCCCUGAUAACAUUCCGUUUGUGCUCAGAGCAGUAGAGGAUUAUUACAUUCUUGAAACCACUAAUCCAUUAGAUCGAGAAUCAGUGGCCUCUUAUAAUGUUACAAUAACUGCCACGGACUCGGGAAUCCCUCCUCUCUCUUCUGAGACUUUUGUUUUUGUAGAGGUUGCUGAUGUUAAUGAUAAUCCACCACAGUUCACUGAAGCUUCAUACCGAUGUUUCAUUGCAGAAAAUAAUUCACCAGGAGAAAGGCUUUGUCAAGUAACGGCCAUUGACCCAGAUUUAGCAGAAAAUGGUAACGUGAUUUAUUCAGUUGUAGAGCACCAAGUUCAAGGUGCGUCCGUUUUUAGCUAUGUAUCAGUUGACUCAGAGAAAGGUAAAGUCUGUGCUAGAGCUAUUUUUGAUUACGAGAAAAUUAAGGCUUUUAAACUGCAAAUUGUUGCAAAAGAUCUUGGCAACCCGUCUUUAAGCAGCACUGCCGAGCUCAUCAUAACAAUAAUAGAUCAGAACGAUAACAGCCCCACAUUCCUAUAUCCUCCAGCAUCAGUUGGGAAUGUGCCCAUAGAAAUGAUCCCACGGUCAGCAGAAGCUGGAUUUUUGGUAACAAAGGUAAUAACUGUGGAUGAAGAUUCUGGUCAGAAUGCUUGGCUGUCCUACCAGUUACUACAGUCCACUGACAGCCUUUUUGAUAUCGAUAAGCAGACCGGUGAAAUAAGGAUCGUUCGGUCAAUAAGUGCCAGAGAUAACAGCAAACAAAAACUGGUUGUAGAAGUGAAGGACAAUGGGGUGCCUAGGCGAUCUGCCACUGUAACAAUCGGGAUAUUGCUUUACGAUAAUUUUCCUCAAGUACUUCCAGAUUUUGAACAAACCGUGGAAAAUAAGGACCAAAUGAUCUCUAACAGGAAUAUGGUUUUAAUCAUUAUUGUAGCUGGGAUAUCGUUUUUAUUUUUAGGAGUUUUAGUCAUAUUUAUCACCGUAUCAUGUUGUAGAACCUUUAACUUCAAUAGCUUUUCUUGCCCUUUUGAUUGCUGUGUGGAUGACCUUGGUAGCUACAAAUUAAAAAUUCCCGGCCCAGCUGAUUGUGCAUUGCAAAAUAACCUUGUGGAAAUUAUUGAUAACGGAACUCUAUUACACGAGUAUCAAUACAUGGCUUUCUUAGGUCAAGUGUCUCCUGGCAAAAAAGUGAUCUUAAAAAAUCCCUCCUUAGAACACACUGCUAAUAUUGGACCUGGAUGCGGUACUCAAAUUCAGUUAACUACCGAAAAUGAGACAAAGAGUGAAGAUCGGGUAUGUAAUAACGCACUGAAAUGA